CAACAUGCUUCAAAAAAUUGCAUUGCUUCUUACUAUCUGGAGUUGCGGCACAUUGGCUGCGGACAUCCUAAUGGCCACUCAAGGCGGAACGAAGUCACACAAGAUACCAUUCUGGGAAUUGGCUAAGGGAUUAAUAUCCAGAGGUCACAAUAUUACCUUUUUAAAUGGAUUUCCGGCUGAUUUUAAUAUUGAAGGACUGCUUGAGGUUACACCAGCUGGUCUUGUUGAAUAUAUCCACAACUAUACGAAUUGGGAUCUUUUGGGCUCACGCAUGGCGGGAGAAAUGCCCAUUAAGCCCUGGGACGGCCUGCGAUACGCUUUCGAAUCAUGUGACGCAAUGCUUCGUGACUCAGAUACAAAGGAGUUGACCAAGAAAAGCUUUGAUUUGGCUAUAUUAGAUGGAGCUUUCCCAGAGUGUUUUUUGGGAUUAAUGUACGACUUCAAGAUUCCAUUUAUGUACAUAAACACGGUGGGCUUCUAUACAGGCAGUAUCUCGACUGCAGGAAAUCCCGUUAGCUACGCUAUUACUCCCAACUUCUAUUCUCGAUUUACGGACACAAUGAAUCUUUACGAACGGGCUAUUAAUACGGCCAUGCAGAUAGGACAAACAUUGAUGCACAUGUAUGUUAUGCGUCGGACACACCUUGUGAUGCGAGAGCACUUGGGUGCUCAAAUCCCGCAUCCUUAUGAAAUGUCGCGCAACGUGAGUUUCAUUUUGCAAAAUGGACACGCAGUUUUGUCUUAUCCUAGAGCCUUUAAUCCAAAUGUAGCAGAAGUCGCUUGCAUUCAUUGUAGGCCAGCUAGAAAACUUCCUAGGAACCUUGAGGAAUUCAUCGGUGCUUCUGGAGCAUCUGGAUUCAUCUAUGUUUCUAUGGGUUCUUCCGUAAAGGCCGCGAACAUGCCACAGGCGUUGCGUCACAUGCUUGUAAAGACCUUUGCACGUCUUCCGUAUCAUGUGCUAUGGAAGUAUGAAGGCAGCUCGACAGAUAUAAAAGACAUCACAUCAAACGUAAAACUUUCACGAUGGUUACCGCAGCAGGACAUUUUGGGACAUCCCAAGCUUAGGGCGUUUGUAACACAUGGAGGCUUGCUAAGCAUGUUUGAGACGGUAUUUCACGGAGUACCCGUAGUUACAAUGCCGGUAUUCUGCGACCACGAUGUUAACUCAGCCAAGGCCGAGGUCGAUGGAUAUGCAAUAAAGCUAGAUCUUCAGACGCUGUCAGCCAAUCAGUUGUACAAGGCUAUUAUGAAAGUGAUUCACAAUCCUCGCUACAGAAAUUCAGCGCGAUAUCGGCAAAAGCUCUUCCUGGACCAGCGCUCAACAGCGCUAGAUACUGCCAUAUACUGGACCGAAUAUGUGCUGCGACAUAAUGGUGCUUAUCAUCUUCAGGCUCCAUCUCGAAAUAUGACAUGGUGGCAAUACUACUUACUCGACGUAGUUGCGGUUUAUUUAAUUUUACUUUGCGCCGUGAUCUUAGCACUAAAGCGCAUUGAUUUCCCAUACGAGAAGGUGCGGAGUCUUUAUACCCUGAUGGCUCCUUUUAUAACAAUAGCAAAAACGAAGUCAAAGAAGAUUUAA